GGAAGGAGAGGAUGAAUGAGUGUGAUCUGCUAGGCCAGAGAGUAUAGCCCUGCUAUGUUCUCAUGUGGUCCCUUUAUCAUCUGAUUAAACCCAUAGUCAACUGACAUCAACUACAGGCCACUGGAUGAAAUUAAAAUGGCCUCUCACAAGCAAAGCUUUCAAUGCUUUGACACCAUCACAGACGACCCAUCUCUCAAGCCCCCUUUCCCCCAUGGACACAGCUCCUCAGCGUCCUUCAGAGGCUCAUCCGGUUCGACCAGACUGGAGCCGCUGGAGGCUCAUGGAUGCUAUCUCUGUGCUGAUCACCAGCAGGCCAAGGCGAUGGCCUCAGAGGCCACAGGAGCUUACUCGAACCCAUGGUAUCAUUUCCAGACACAUCCACACUCUCAGCAGUAUACAGUCAGGAGGUCCAGUCGACCUGAGGAAGCUCCUGGGCACGUUGAAGAUCACCACCAUCACCAUCCUCACAGGCACUCCAGGAAGAUUGUGCUUGUGAAAAACAGUGACCCGUCUGUCCGGAGGAGCAUCGUGCUGCGCCGCAGGAGCCUGCGCAGUCUGGCGCUCUUCAUGGACGAGGUCUCUGAACUCAUGCAGUGUCUCAUCAGGAAGCUCUACACACUGGAAGGCCACAAGAUUGACAGUGUGCAAAGUCUGCUGCAUUGCCCGAGCAUUUUAGUUUGUGUGGGACGUGAGCCUUUCCACCCACUCCUGUUGGACAACUUCAGGAAGAACUCCUACGACAAACUUCCAAAGCUGAACACAAAGCAACGCUCGAGUGUCUGCAGUGAUGAAAAGGGGACCAGGAAAAAUGUCAACUUUGGACUUGAAACUAAGAGAAGCGUCAUCCAUCCAAGGUGUGAUUCAAGCAACAGAUCAGCAAGACUGUCCGUCUCAUCUGAAAAGUUGUUUCCCAAUGGACUUAACUCUUUACCACCAGGGCACAGAGGUGCUUGUCCUCAUCAAUGUGAAAAUACGAUGGAUGAUGACAUUGAAAAGCGAGUUCUGGUCAACAAAGACGGAAGCCUGUCAAUGGAGAUGAAAGUGCGCUUUCGACUAUUACACAACGAGACAUUGCACUGGUCCACGGAAGUGAAGAAGGCAAAGAGCACUUUUAACGAAUCCCAUAUUGUCCAUGAUGAUGCUCGUUCCCUCUCGCAUGGCAGUGCUGAGAGCUGCUCAGAAGCCGAUUCUCUCGCUGCUGGCGAAGCAGAUGAGGCAUACAGCACCAAACGUUACCAGCGACACUUUGAGGAGCCACAUUGCCAGCACUGCUGUGCUCACUGUCAGAGAUAUGAUAUCUGGAAGAAUCCUGUUCCUCCUGAUCAAGGAUCAGUAAGACACAUCAGAUCUUCAAGCUCAAGUGCGUCCUCGCGGAGAAUAGUAUGCAAAAUGGCAUCUACUGACAGCAUACGCACAAUGUCCAGUGAGGAGUACACAGAGCAUGUAGUGGAAAAGGCAACUUGCAUUCAACGGACCUUUGGGCAGCAGGGUGACUCCACAGUCGAACAAUGUACCAUCAACCAUUGCCGCAGUCGAAGUGAAGUACGCUCAAUGUCGCCUAAAACAAAGAGCACAAGUGUUGUAGAAGACAAGCCUGAGAACGCUCAUGUAUCUGAAAAUGAUGAGAACAGACCUGAUGUCAUAUCUUCUAACCUCCCUAAAGAUCAAUUAAGUGUUCAGAUUACUCAGCCAGUUGAGGAAGAGGAGAGGCCUGUAUCUGUUGUGAGUUCUUCUUCUCAAAUUUUAGCAUUACUGAAGGAAGAUCAAGAUGAUGAAGAUAUUGACCUUCCUAUGAGUACCUCAGGAACAUCUCAUGGGCAACAGGAAGACGAGGAGAGCAAAGAUGCAGAACCAAACCCAUGUUCUACUACAUCCUGUAAAUCUCCUGCAUCUCCGUCACAUUUGUCACCAAGACCACCAAGCAAAGCUUCAUCUUUAGGACAGUCUAAAAGAUCCAGAAAGUUGGUCAGUCCAGAAGUAGAUGAUGAAGAGGGCAGGUCUGAAGCAUCAGCGGCACAUAAAGCAUCAUCCAGACUCAAAUAUUUGGUCACAAAGGACUUAGAAUCUCCAGGGGAUUCUGAAUCAACUGAUCAACUCGAAGACAUUCAACACAGAACUGAUGUGCAAGAGGAAGAAAAAGACGAAAGGGCACUAACGCUGUGUCAUCUAAAUCUAAUAUUUCUGAUACAUCUAGUCAGUCUGAAGAGCCACACUCUGUGUCUGACUGGGUCAUUAGAGGAAAGAAUAGGAGAAAAAGCUUCAAGUAUUAAAUCUGGAACAUCAAACAAGUCUGGAAUCAAAGCGGUGACAAAUGAUGAUCAAACAUUGGAGAGGGCUCCCAGCUCCAUUUCGGUAAAAUCAAAUAUUUCUGCAAGAUCUAAAAUGUCAAUUGAGCUGAGCGAACUUGAAGAUGAAGACAGAGCCCCCAGAAGCAUUUCUGUUCAAUCAGAUGUCUCGCAUAAAUCAAAGUCUGACAUGUCAGAAGCAGCAUCUUUCCAAGGAGAUGAAUCUUUAAAUUCAGUGAAAUUAAACACACCUGAAGCUGAAGCAGCUCUUCAAACAGAGCUACCAGGGGAGAGAUCGCCAAGCUCUGUGUCUUCAAAAUCAAAUAUCUCUUCAAGAUCCAGAGCAUCCAAAAAUGUUGAGGCAGAACAAGAUGAAGCACAGGAAAAAGAGGAUGUUCAGGAAAGAGCAUCAAGUGCUAUUUCUGUAAAGUCUACUAUAUCUGCAAGAUCAAGGAAAUCUGAAACAACACCAAAAUCAGGAGAAGAAAUGAAGGAAAAAGCUCAUAGUGUUAUGUCAGUGAAAUCAAAUGCUUCCUUAAAAUCAAAUAAGUCUAAGAUGGAAGAGGAGGAAAUAGAAAACAGGGCCUCCAGUGCUUUGUCUGUUAAUUCUGAAGUGUCCACAUUGUCAAAAAAAUCGAAUCAGUCCGAUGUAGAGCAAAUGGAGAAAAGACCAUCAAGUGCAAGAUCAGCUAAAUCAAAUAUUUCUGUGAGAUCUAAAGGGUCCAAAAUGUCAGAGGUGGCAGGAGAUGAUGCUCAAUUAUCUGCAGCAGCAUUACAUAUCUCUGAAGCAUCAAAUGAAUGCAGCACAGCACCUGAAGAACCCUGCAUAGGCACAGAGAAGUCACCAGACAAAGAGAAAAGAGCACCAAGUGCAUUGUCAACAAAAUCCAAUAAAUCCAAAAUAUCUGAUAUGGCUGAUGAUGUUGUAGCUGGAGAUGGAGAUGAUUUGAGAUCUGCAAGUGCAAUGUCCUCUAAAUCAAAUGUAUCUGUGAAAUCAGUGGUCUCAGAAUUGGUCACAGAAGAGCCUUUAAAAGCACAGGGCCAAACAGAAGAACGGGCUCAGAGUGCAUUAUCAGCACAAUCCAGUCGGUCAGGAGUGACUGUAAGUGAGGCAGUUGAAGUUGCAGAGGAACGGCCACUAAGUGCCAUGUCAUCUAAAUCCAAUGCUUCUGAAAGAUCAAAGAAAUCCAAUAAUUUAAAAGUGCUAACUGCUUUGCCUCAAGCAGGAGAACACCAAACAGAGGAACGAGCUCAGAGUGCAUUGUCAGCUAGAUCAAGUGUUUCAGCAAUAUCCAAUAAGUCCAAAAUGUUAGAUGUUUUAACUGAUGAGAUUGUUGAUGUGAAAGACCAAGAAGAGAGAGCUUCAAGUGCUUUGUCUGCAAAAUCCAGCAUUUCCGCAAAGUCGAAGAAGUCAAAAGCCUCUGCAACAGACGUCAAAGCUGAUGAUAAAGAGAAAGGAGACAGAGUAACAAGUGCUAUGUCAGCAAGAUCUGAUAUUUCUACCAAAACUAGUAUCUCUGCAAAAUCCAAAGCAUCAAAUGUUUCAGAAAUACCACCAGAAGAGCCCGAUGAUGAAGAAAGUGAAGUAAAAGCACCAAGCAUUACUAAAUCCAGUAUUUCAGUAAGAUCUAAUAAGUCAAAGCAUUCAGGAAUGGGUGUUGAAGAAGAGGUUCUGAACAUAGAGAGACCUCCAAGUUCAAUUUCAGUAAUAUCUGAUGUCACACAUGAUGAAAAUGAAAUUACAAAUGACGGUGAAAUCCAAGAAAGGGCCCCCAGUGUUGCAUCUGCAAAAUCACGUUCCUCUGUAAGAUCCAGAACAUCAAAUGUUUCUGGAAUAAUCAUAUAUGAGCCAGAUAAAGAAAAGGUAGAGAGGGCACCAAGUUCUAGGUCAUUAAAAUCUGAUGCCUCUGGAAGAUCUGAUCCAAAUUACCCUGUCAAUAAAGAAAAGGAAGCAAGAACAGAAAGCGCUUUGUCCUCAAUUUCUGCUAGAUCAAAGAAGUCAGAAGAUUCUGAAAUAAAUAGCAGUGUAGGGCAGAGAGCAUCAAGUACAGCAUCAGUUACAUCUGCAAGAUCUGCAAGAUCUAAAAGGUCAAAUAUUUCAGAAUUAGCUCCUAAAGAAAUUGGAAACACAGAUACUGGAGAUGUCCGAACAUCAAGUGCAAUGUCUGCAAAAUCUUGUUCAUCUGAGAAAUCAAAAUGUUCAGAAAGAACAACAGAGGAAGAUGAAUCAGCAAGUAAAAUGGUAGACAGAACAACCAGCUCGUUGUCUGUGAAGUCAAAUCCAUCCAUAACAUCUGAUGCCACUGUUAAAUCAAGUGCUGUGCCUACUAAAUCAAAUGCUUCUGCAAAAUCCCUCCUCUCAGAAGCUGAAGAGCCUGACAGAAGAUCAACAAGUGUGGCCUCUAAUGCAUCUGCACAAACUAAAAUGUCUAAAGCAGGUGUGAACACAAAAGCAAGCCAUUCACCAAGCAGAUUGUCAGUUAAAUCAAAUGUUUCUACUAGGUCCAAGAAGUCUAAAGUUUCUGAGGGUGAGGACCGUACACACACAAACACUGAAGAUACAGAAUUAAACAGAGAUGAGAGUCCGUUGUCUGAUCACUCAAAAGUAUCUCAAACAGAGAACUCAAAUGAAUGUAUUUGUGGUGCAAUAAACAAACCAUCAAGUCCAGUGGCAUCUUCUGAAAAAAACUUCGACCAUGAAGAGAUACCGACAAGUCCUCUGUCUAAAAAGUCAGCAAAGUCCGAAGUCAGUUCAGUUGGUUCUGCCUAUGAAAGCGUUUUUACACCAACAAGCACCUCCGUUUCUAUUGGGAUUGUUGAAGAUCAUGAGGCUGAUGAUGUUGAGGAAAUAGAUGGAGGUGUUGUUUCAAUUAACUCUGCUUCUUCACUUACUGAAAUAUGUGGUAAAUCUGACCAGUGUUUAUCAGAAUCUCCAGUAGAAAUCACAAAUGAAGCCACACUGACACCAGAGGAAAGACCUAAAAGUUCUGCAUCAGCCAAGUCAAAUGUAUCAGGUAAAUCGAAAUCCAAAAGCUCUCACUGUGGCUCUACAUGUCCUACAGAUACAAUUCAGGAAAGAGAUGAUGUAGCAAGUAAUAAAUCCUCCAAAAUAAAGUAUGUAACGACUUUAUCUGUAAGCAAACCAUCAGCCAACAGUUCAAUGCGGCAGAGCUCUCAAACCCGGGGAAUUCGUCCAUCUAGCAAAGCUUCCAAUGUGUCUGUACACACUGAAAUCAGAGGUCAAGAGAAAGCUGAAAGCCCAGAUGUUACCCAUAAAUCUCAAAGUGUCUGUUCAAAAUGCAGUUCUAAACAAAAGAUAGAAACCAUUUCACAUGCUUCAAGUGCCUCAGCAAUCACAGACUCUGAGAAAUCCAAAACUAAAGAAAGAAGUGAUGCAGAAAUUACUGACAGACCAAAGAGCAAUAAAUCCAGUUCAUCUUCUCGUUUGAAAGUAAAUGGUCAAAAGAAUGAUGUUGAAGCUACAGUUGUUAAUGAAAAAAGCAAUAAAUUAAAAACCAAGUCAACACAGAAAACUGAGGACAAUGCACUCAAGUGUCAUUCAGCGACUUCUGUUGCAUCAGGAAACCAGCUAAGUCCUAACCCACCAAAGUCUCCUAAAAAAUCCAAAAAACCUGUUAUUCUACUUGGCAGCUCUAAUGAUAGCAUGUUAUCACAGAACGUUCCUGCUCCAAAACCAAAAGAAGAAUAUAUUGACCAUUUGAAUGCAGCAGCAGAAAAACCUCAGUCUUGUAGAUCAGAUACAAAUGUCAGUGAAAUUAAAAGUGAAAAAAGUAGCAAAUGUAGAAAAAGAAUUGGAAGUGGCUCUUCUUGCCACAAGAUGGAUGGUGAUAUGUCUGAGCUGAGUCCUUCUUCCUUGCCAAAUGCUUCUCCAACUGAAGUGGUGAAUGAAUGGCUGAAGAAAAUCCCAUCAGACACCACCUUGUGUGAUUUGGGCGACGAAUUCCAUGACAAUUAUGAUUCGAUAGAGCCACUUUGCACAUUACAUUUGCCAUCAGGAGAUGAUAAUGAUCAUGGAAGUUUGCCGCCAAGUGAUGUUACCAAGAUUGAAACGCAAAAUGAAAUGGAAGAUACUAAGGUGGCGAAUACAGAAGGGGCUACUGACAAAAAAUCUCCUGCAUUGUCUGAGGGUGAUCACUCUCAGAGAAGGGAUGAACCAAAGAUGUUUGAUUCUUCGGUUCUAGUGAUGAAAGUCUUGUUGAGCCCCAAACUCGACCGAUGCAAUAGCCUACCAGAGGUAUCUUCUGUAUAUGGACGUAAGCUCAGUGCAUCAGCGCAAGGUCUUCUGGAUUGUUUGGCAAAUCUUCAGUUGUUAGACUUUGGUCCUAGCGCUGAAGAUGGUAAAAAGGAAAAAUACCGGGAGCUCAUGAGCAUGCUCAAGUCUCUUUGGCUUUGUGACCCAAAAGACAGUGAGAAACCAUCUGGGCAAAGAAACAAGUGUCUGGAUGAGGAAUUCAAAGCCAGGUCAUCCUCAGGGGUAGAUGUUAACAGUGGCUCAACAGGUUCAGGGAAAAGUAGUGUCAAUGAUGGCACCCAAGCACAAAUCAACACAGAAUGUGAAGUCCUGGAAACCCUAACAAAGGUACAGGAAGUUGAUGAAACAGUAGAAGGGGAAGCUUCAGAAACGCCAGGAUCAAAACAGGAUUCAGCCACUCCAGAUAGAGCAAAUCAAGCUCAGUUAACCCCAGAGACAAAGGACACAGAUGAAGGAAAGCUAAAAGAUGAUGUCCCAAGCUCUGAAGAGACAAUCAGGAGUAAUGAUAGUCCAAGGGAACUCAUUGAAACACCUCUUUCCUCAAACAAGAGUUCUGGGAAUAAUCCCAAAAAAGAGGACACUGAAUCAGACCAACAAGAGGACACAAGUUCAGGCAGUGCUCCAAAACAACAAAGAGGUCAGCUAUCAAAAAGGCUUUCUCAAGAUCCAGAUCCUAUAUGGGUUCUGAAUUUAUUGAACAAAUUAGAAAAGCAAUUUAUGACACAUUAUGUUAACGCAAUGGCUGAGUUCAAAGUCCGUUGGAAUCUGGAUGACAACGAGCAACUUGAUGCAAUGAUAUGCGAAUUGCAAGAUGAAGUUCGCAGACGGAUACAGUCGAGUAUAGACAGGGAGCUGAGGAAAAUCCAAGGCAGAGCUGGAAAACCAAGACCACCAAAAGACACAAUGUCACGUGAAUCUACCAUUCAAACAGAGCAAAGGCGAAGACGUCUGAAAGUGAUGCGCGACCAAUCAAUUGAUCCUCAACCUGCUAUAAGUGACGAUGAUUACACAAUGACAGGAACCGAUUUCAGCGAUCAGCGAAGUGAUGAUGAAUAUUGUCCUUGUGACACAUGCUUGAAAAAGAAAAUGGCAUCCAAGCAUGUGUUACCUGUGGAAAUGCUUAAUUCUGCCCCUAUGAUGAUGGAUUUUGAUUUACGGAGAAUUCUUCAGAUGAAGAAAUCGGCCCCAAACAAUGAAAAGAUUGAGGAGACUGCCAAUGAACAAGCAAGUGAGAUAGAAGUAGAAAAUGCAGGGCUUGAGGCUGUCAAAGAGGAGGAUGAGAAAGAUGGGGCAGAUAAAGAAAUUCUUGCUUCCAGUGCUCAAGAAAUUGAAGAUGAAAAACAAGAAUGUGAGGAGGAUGAAGAAGACGACACACCCAGACAUUUAAAGAAAGAUGUGGAUGAAUUUGCACAAGAUGAAGAGCAAGAAAAGCCUGAGACUGAUUCUGAAUUAAUGACUGUCAAAGAAAGUACAAGCAGUUUUAAGAUGAAUGAAUUAGAUGAAGUUGUGGCAAAUUAUGACAUUGGUGAAUCUGAUGAUAUAAUGCAAAUUGAAGCAGCAAAGGCGGAAGCAUCUGAAGAACUCACUGAGGAAGAAUCAGAACAGCAGGACAAGACAGCCAAUGACGAAACUGCUGAAGAUGGGAAAAACUCGGGAACAGAAUCUGUUGAAGAGGGUGAGACCACUGCUGAAGCAGUAGCUGCUGGAGAGAAUGAAAUACCUGGUUGUGACACUGCAGAAGAAGGUGAUACAGCUGAGGGUCAGACAGCAGAUGGACAAAUGGCUGAAUAUAAAACUUUAAGAGAUGGUGAGGCAGCAGAAGAUGAAACUGCAGAAGAUGGACAAACUUCUGAAGAUGUAACUGGAGAAGAAUGUGAGACUGUUGAUGAUGACAAUGCAAAAGAACAUGAGAUUGCUGAAAAUGAAAUUCUAGAAGAUGGAAGAUCUCCCGAAUAUGAAACUGGAGAAAAAGGUGAGUCGAUUAAAGACGAGAUUGGAGAAGGACAUGAGACAUCUGAAAAUGAAACUGCAGAAGAGGGAAAAACUGCUGAAGAUGAAACUGGAGAAGAAGGUGAGACCGUUAUUGAAGACAAUGCAGAAGAGCAUGAAGCAGCUGAAAGUGAAACUGCAGAAGAUGGACAAAUAGCUGGAGAUGAAACUGGAGAAGAAGGUGAGACCGUUAAUGAAGAAACUGCAGAAGAGCAUGAAGCAGCUGAAAGUGAAACUGCAGAAGAUGGACAAAUGGCUGGAGAUGAAACUGGAGAAGAAGGUGAGAACGUUAAUGAAGACACUGCAGAGGAGCAUGAAACAGCUGAAAGUGAAACUGCAGAAGAUGGGCAAGCUGCUGAAGAUGAAACUGGAGAAGAAGUUGAGACAGUUAAUGAAGAAACUGCAAAAGAGCAUGAGACAGCUGAAAGUGAAACUGCAGAAUAUGGACAAACUACUGGAGAUGAAACUGGAGAAGAAGGUGAGACAGUUAUUGAAGACACUGCAGAAGUGGAGGAGACAGCUGAAAGUGAAACUGCAGAAGAUGGACAAACUACUGGAGAUGAAACUGGAGAAGAAGUUGAGACAGUUAAUGAAGAAACUGCAAAAGAGCAUGAGACAGCUGAAAGUGAAACUGCAGAAUAUGGACAAACUACUGGAGAUGAAACUGGAGAAGAAGGUGAGACAGUUAAUGAAGAAACUGCAAAAGAGCAUGAGACAGCUGAAAGUGAAACUGCAGAAGAUGGACAAACUACUGGAGAUGAAACUGGAGAAGAGGGUGAGACAGUUAAUAAAGACACUGUGGAAGUGGAGGAGACAGCUGAAAGUGAAACUGCAGAAGAGGGACAAACUGCUGAAGAUGAAACUGGAGAAGAAGUUGAGACCGUUAAUGAAGAAACUGCAGAAGCGCAUGAGACAGCUGAAAGUGAAACUGCAGAAGAUGGACAAACUACUGGAGAUGAAACUGGAGAAGAAGGUGAGACCAUUAAUGAUGAUACUGCAGAAGUGCAUGAAAGAGUUGAAAAUGAAACUGUAGAAGAAUGCCAAACUGAAGAUGAAACUGGAGAAGAAGUUGAGACAAUAAGCAACAACACUACAGAAGAGCACGAGACAGCUGAAAAUGGAGAAACUGAUGAAGAUAAAACUGCAGAAGAAGGUGAGAUGACUGAAGAUAAAACUUUAGAAGAUGGACAAACUGCUGGAACAGAAACUGUUGGAGAGGAUGAAAUAACUGAAGAUGAAACUGCAGGGGAGGCUGAGGCAUCAGCUGAAAAUGCAUCUAUAGAAGGAGAAACUGAGAGCAAUAUAGGUGAUGAUGAAACUGCAGAAAAGAGUGAUACAGCUGAUAACAACACUGUAGAAGAGCAUGAGAUGGCUGAGAAUGAAUCUGUAGAAGACGGGCAAGCUGAAACUGCAAGAGAGAGUGAUUCAGGUGAGGAGGAUACCACAAAAGAGAGUGAAACAGCUGCGGAUGAAAUGGCAGAAAAUGGCCAAACUGCUGAAGCAAGAGAGGGUGAGACAGAUGAUGAUGAACCAGCAGAAGAUGAGCAGAAUGCUGAAGAGAGUGAGACAGUUGAAGAGAGGGAUACUGCAGUGGGGACAUCGGUUGAAGAAAGAGGAACUGAUGAAAAUGAAGACGAUACAGAUGAUGCAGGAACUGCAGGAGGUUUGACAGCUGAGGAAAAUGAGACUUCUGAAGUAGAAACAGCAAAUGAGAAGACCACUGAAGAUGAAACUGAGAUGUCUGAAAAGGAAGCUACUGUUGAAGAUAGCAACACGGCUGAAGACAAGAAUGCUGUGGUAGAGUUGGCAGAGCAAACUCCUGUUCAUGAGAUGGACAAGGGUCAGUCAAAUGAUGAGGAAGACAUAGAAACUGUCAGUUGUGAGGCAUCAGAGGAUAAUGUUCUUUCUAACAUUGAGGACACUGAGAGUCAUGUCUUGACUAACCUUGAGGUAACUGAAGAUGAAACACCCCUUAAGAACAAUGGUGACAUUGUUUUAGAUAGUGUUGACGAUAAAGGUGAAGAAAGUGGUAAAGAAGACGAUGAUGUGGAGGUAAUUGCAAGCAAAACUGGUUAUGUGGGCAACACUGGUGAAUCAGCUGAAGCUGGUGAUGAAGCUGAGGAUGACACAGAGCCAGAUGAAGGGGAGCAUAAUAGAAACACACUACCUUUACAGCCUCUGUUACAGCCAAAACCAAAAGAUGACAAACCAAAUGGGGCAGCUUCAUUUAAUAUUUUGGUAACGCACAAUUCAGAAUUUGAAGAUGGUGCCGAUGCUGAUGUAGAAGACUCAGAAACAGAAGAACACAACCAAGUCAGAGAUUUGAGUUCUGAGUCAGAGACCAAGCCACAGAGGAAAACUGCCCAUAAAACCUUCAAGAUGCUCAUUCACUCUCUGAACUUCCUCAAACUCUCAGCCGCUGGACUACCAAAGAGCAAGGAAGAGGAUAAUGAACAUGAGGUUGAAGAUGAAGAGAUCCCAGAGGACGGCAGUGAUGAUGCAGAAGAGAGUUCCUGUGUGGAGAAAGAAGAGGUGGAACAGAAUGGAAAGGAGAAGGCCAAACUCUCAGAUAUUACAGAGGACACAUCAGAAGGUGAUGAUGACCAGACAAAUGAGACUAGUGAUGAUUCAGAGGACCGUGACUGGGAAUCGUCCGGAAAUUCCUUGCAAAAGCAGAUAACAAAGUCAUCACUGGAAUCUCAGCCAGGUUCCUUUGAGGAAGUUCAGGAGGAACAGGCAAAAAAGGUUUAAAUCAUCUGAAAGCCAACUGGUAGGAUUCUACUUCAGCAUAAAAGAAAAGAACCAAAGAUGCUCUUUAGCUUGUAAAAAUGUUUCCAGAGGGGUUAUUUCUCUAGUAUCCUUAGACCUUAUAAUAAUUAUACGUUUUUAAUAGCCCUUUUAAUUCUUUAUUUUAUUUACCAAAGAGUAACAUAUAAUGCACUUUACUUAUUAUUCACUUAUGAUUCCAUUAUAUAUGCAGAUUAUAUAUGCAAAAGCACAGCAUUACUGCUCGGGUACUGUAAAAAGGGAACUGCUGAAACUUGAACAGCACAUUAAGCUCUUCUGACUUGAUGGAAGGAAAACUGUUUAGAAAUUUAGUAUAUUUAUGUCAGAACAACAUAUUUAAUAGCAGUUAUUUAUAUAAUUCACUCAGUUGUAAGCCUUAGCCAUUGGAUGGACUGUUGACACUGGUUAAUUAUGUAUUACUGAAUCAUACUGUAUAUGUAUGUACUGAUAUAGAAAUGUUCCACAGUGUAAAUUAAGAAUCACACAUCAUAGUGACAUGUAAUGGAAAUCACGGGGCAUAAACUGUGAGAUUAUGAGAAUGAAUGUAUAAGAAUCUAAUUUACUUGUAGGUUGCUUGUGGGAAAGCACACCUUUAAAAACAUUUUUUUGUUAACCCUGCUAAAACUGACUUAGUCAGAAUAUGUACACUAAUGCUUACUUUUAAAGUAAAUGCACGGAAUGCGGAUGUAUAUGAUUGACAUCACCAGAAAUCACCAAUAUACAGCAUAUUGUGUAUGAUAAGGAUUGAGGUGCACACAUUAAGCCAUGCCUUAGAUGUUUUGCCACAUAAAGGACUGUACAUCUAUUGGACUGUAUUGUCUGUGUUUUGUUCACACAAAACUCUAAUGUCAAAUGAUGCAGAUUAUACAAAUGAGUUAACUACAUUGCAGUUUCUUUUCUGCUGGUCAAGCGCUUAAUGGUUAACUUAAAUACAAUAAAUUCCUUGUUACUUGAAUGUACUU